AUGUCCGCGCCACCUGGAUUUGGACCACCUUCGGGUUCCCAACCCAACGGCGACUCGUCGAUGGAGGGGGACUUUUUCGGCACCCUCACACCCGCCGAGAUUGAGAAGAAAGCUCGGAAAUGGAGGCAAGGCCAGAAGCGCCGCUUCAACGAGAAGCGCAGGGCUGGCGGCGGCGGCGGCAUCGACAUGGGCAAGGCAGACCUGCCACCCGAGCACAUUCGUAAAAUCAUGAAGGACCAUGGCGACAUGUCGAACCGCAAGUUCCGUAACGACAAGCGCGCUCACCUCGGCGCGCUCAAGUACGUCCCGCACGCGGUGAUGAAGUUGCUGGAGAACAUGCCCAACCCGUGGGAGCAGGUGCGCGAGGUUCAGUGCCUGUACCAUGUCUCUGGUGCUAUCACGUUUGUCAACGAGGUGCCGCGCGUCGUUACCCCCGUAUACCAUGCUCAGUGGGCGUCCAUGUGGUUGGCGAUGCGUCGAGAGAAGCGUGACCGUCGCCACUUUAAACGUAUGCGAUUCCCCCCGUUCGAUGACGAGGAGCCGCCGAUGGACUAUGGCGACAACGUGCUGGACGUGGAGCCGCUCGAGGCGAUUCAGCUGGAACUGGAUGAGGAGGACGACAGCGAGAUUAUCAACUGGUUCUACGACCCCAAGCCGCUGGUGGACGAGAAGCAGGUCAAUGGAGAGAGCUACCGCUUUUUCCACAUCACUCUGCCGCAGAUGGCCAACCUGUAUCGUAUCGGCCGUCAGCUGUUGUCCGACUACACCGACCGGAAUAGCUUCUAUCUCUUUGACAAGAAGGCGUUCUUCACGGCCAAGGCGCUCAACAUUGCUCUGCCCGGCGGACCCAAGUUUGAGCCCCUGUUCCGUGACAUGGAGGCGUUUGACGAGGACUGGAACGAGUUCAACGACAUCAACAAGGUCAUUAUCCGUGGCCUGAUUCGUUCAGAGUACAAGGUUGCCUACCCGCACCUGUACAACUCGCUCCCGCGCUCCGUUCACAUCGACCUGUACCACGAGCCCAAGAACGUCUACAUUAAGACGGACGACCCCGACCUCCCUGCCUUCUACUUUGACCCAUUGAUCAACCCCAUCUCCCAGCGUGUCGUUGCCGAGGCCCACAAGCCUCUUGUCUCUCACGAGGAUGAUGUGUUUGGUUACGGCAAGGACGAGGACGACGACGAGUUUGAGUUCCCCGACGAGCUCGAGCCGUUCUUUGACACCUGCGAGCUGGAGAACGAGCACACUGCCGACGCCAUUGCGCUGUACUGGGCUCCGUUCCCUUACAACCUCCGCAGCGGUCGCACUCGCCGUGCCCAGGACGUUCCGAUGAUGAAGAACUUCUACCUCGAGCACUGCCCUCCCGACCAGCCGGUCAAGGUCCGCGUGUCGUACCAGAAGCUGCUCAAGGUGUACGUCCUCAACGCCCUGCACACCCGGAUGCCCAAGGCCAUGGCCAAGCGCAACCUCUUCCGUUCGCUCAAGAACACCAAGUUCUUCCAGAGCACGACCAUUGACUGGGUCGAGGCGGGUCUGCAGGUGUGCAGGCAGGGUUACAACAUGCUCAACCUCCUCAUUCACCGCAAGAACCUCAACUACCUUCAUCUCGACUACAACCUCAACCUGAAGCCGAUCAAGACGCUCACCACCAAGGAGCGUAAGAAGUCGCGUUUCGGUAACGCGUUCCACCUGAUUCGUGAGAUUCUCCGCCUCACCAAGCUCAUCGUGGACGCGCACGUCCAGUUCCGCCUCGGCAACGUCGACGCGUUCCAGCUCGCAGACGGUCUGCAGUACAUGUUCGCCCACGUCGGUCAGCUCACCGGCAUGUACCGUUACAAGUACAAGCUGAUGCGCCAAAUCCGCAUGGCCAAGGACCUCAAGCACCUGAUUUACGCGCGCUUCAACACUGGUCCCGUCGGCAAGGGUCCCGGUGUCGGUUUCUGGCAGCCCGCAUGGCGUGUGUGGCUCUUCUUCAUGCGCGGUAUCGUUCCCCUCCUUGAGCGCUGGCUGGGUAACCUGCUCGCACGUCAGUUCGAGGGCCGUAACUCCAAGGUCACUGCCAAGACCGUCACCAAGCAGCGUGUCGAAUCGCACUUUGACCUCGAGCUGCGAGCCGCCGUCAUGCACGACAUUCUCGACAUGAUGCCCGAGGGCAUCAAGCAGAACAAGGCCAAGACCAUUCUUCAGCACAUCAGUGAAUCGUGGCGAUGCUGGAAGGCCAACGUCCCGUGGAAGGUCCCCGGCAUGCCCGCUCCCAUCGAGAACAUUAUCCUGCGUUACAUCAAGUCCAAGUCGGACUGGUGGACCUCGGUCGCCCACUACAACCGCGAGCGUAUCCGUCGUGGCGCCACUGUCGACAAGGCCGUUGUGCGCAAGAACCUUGGUCGUCUCACCCGUCUCUACCUCAAGGCCGAGCAGGAGCGCCAGAACGGCUACCUCAAGGACGGUCCGUACGUUUCGUCCGAGGAGGCCGUCGCCAUUUACACCUCGACUGUCCACUGGCUCGAGAGCCGCAAGUUUGCGCCCAUCCCCUUCCCCCCUCUCUCGUACAAGCACGACACCAAGCUUCUUGUGCUUGCACUUGAAAAGCUCAAGGAGGCCUACUCGGUCCACGGUCGUCUCAACCAGUCGCAGCGUGAGGAACUCGCCCUCGUGGAGCAGGCAUACGACAACCCCCACGAGUGUCUGUCGCGUAUCAAGCGUCUCCUCCUCACCCAGCGUGCCUUCAAAGAGGUCGGCAUCGAGUUCUUUGACACGUACGACAAGCUCAUUCCCUGUUACGACAUUGAGCCCGUGGAGAAGAUCACCGACGCAUACCUCGACCAGUUCCUCUGGUACGAAGCGGACAAGCGCCACCUCUUCCCGGCGUGGAUCAAGCCGGCCGACUCGGAGCCUCCUCCUCUGCUCGUUUACAAGUGGUGCCAGGGUAUCAACAACCUCACGGACAUCUGGGAGACGAGCGAGGGCGAGUGUGCCGUCAUGAUGGACACGACCUUCUCGCGCAUGUACGAAAAGGUCGACCUGACGCUCCUGAACCGUCUCUUGCGUCUGGUCAUGGACCACAACUUGGCAGACUACAUCACCGCCAAGAACAAUGCCGCGCUCACGUUCAAGGACAUGUCUCACAUCAACGGUUACGGUCUCAUCCGUGGUCUGCAGUUCAGCUCGUUCGUCGUCCAGUACUACGGUCUCGUUCUCGACCUGCUCAUUCUCGGUCUCCAGCGUGCGUCCGAGAUGGCUGGCCCUCCUCAGACCCCCAACGGCUUCCUGCAGUACCGUGACCGCGCGACCGAGACUCGCCACCCCAUCCGCUUCUACUCGCGUUACGUGGACCGCAUCCACAUGCUGUUCCGCUUCACUGCUGAGGAGUCACGUGACCUCAUCCAGCGCUUCCUUUCGGCCAACCCCGACCCCAACAACGAGAACGUUAUUGGCUACAACAACAAGCGCUGCUGGCCCCGCGACUGUCGUAUGCGUCUCAACAAGCACGACGUCAACCUUGGCCGCGCCGUGUUCUGGAACGUCAAGAACUCGCUGCCCCGCUCGCUUGUCACCAUUGAGUGGGAGGACACGAUGGUUUCGGUUUAUUCCGCCAACAACCCUCAGCUCCUCUUCUCCAUGUGUGGCUUUGAGAUCCGCAUUCUUCCUCGCUGCCGUACCGAGAACGGAGAGUCGUACACGCUCAAGGAUGGCGUGUGGAACCUGGUCCAGGAGUCGACCAAGGAGCGUACUGCGCAGGCAUUCCUCCGCGUGUCCGACCAGGGCAUCAAGGAGUUUGAGAACCGUAUCCGCCAGAUCCUCAUGUCGUCUGGAUCGAGUACAUUCGCAAAGAUCGUCAACAAGUGGAACACUUGUCUCAUUGGUUUGAUGACCUACUACCGUGAGGCUGUCGUCACGACCCCCGAGCUGCUGGACGCUCUCGUCAAGGCGGAGAACAAGGUCCAGACUCGCGUCAAGGUCGGUCUCAACUCCAAGAUGCCUACCCGUUUCCCUCCUGCCGUCUUCUACUCGCCCAAGGAACUCGGUGGUCUUGGAAUGCUCUCGAUGGGUUUCGUCCUCAUCCCCACCUCGGACCUUCGUUGGUCCAAGCAGACCGAGAGCGGUGGUAUCAGCCACUUCCGCAGUGGUAUGACCCACGAGGAGGACGCCCUCAUCCCCAACCUCUACCGUUACAUCCAGCCUUGGGAGUCCGAGUUCCUCGACUCGGCCCGCGUCUGGUCCGAGUACGCCAUGAAGAGGAAGGAGGCCGCGGCGUCCAACCGUCGUCUCACCCUCGAGGACCUCGAGGACUCUUGGGACCGUGGUGUGCCACGUAUCAACUCGCUCUUCCAGAAGGACCGCCAGACCCUGGCCUACGACAAGGGAUGGCGUAUCCGCGUCCUCUUCCAGCAGUACCACCGUCUCCGCGCCAACCCCUUCGGCUGGACCAACGCUCGUCACGACGGCAAGCUCUGGAACCUCAACGCGUACCGUAUCGACAUCAUUGCGGCUCUCGGCGGUGUCGAGGGUAUCCUGGAGCACAGUCUGUUCAAGGCAACGGCGUUUGCGACGUGGGAAGGCCUAUUCUGGGAGAAAGCAUCCGGAUUUGAAGAAUCGAUGAAGUUCAAGAAACUUACCAACGCGCAACGCUCCGGUCUGUCACAAAUCCCCAACCGUCGCUUUACGAUGUGGUGGAGCCCCACUAUCAACCGUGCGAAUGUAUACGUCGGAUUCCAGGUGCAGCUCGACCUUACUGGUGUCUUCAUGCACGGCAAGAUCCCGACUCUCAAGAUCUCGCUCAUCCAGAUCUUCCGUGCCCACUUGUGGCAGAAGAUCCACGAGAGUGUUGUGAUGGACUUGUGUCAGGUCCUUGACCAACAGAUGGAGGCUUUGGGUAUUGAAUCCGUCCAGAAGGAGCAGAUUCACCCCCGUAAGUCCUACAAGAUGAACUCGUCGGCCUCGGACGUCCUCCUGUUCGCCUCGCACAAGUUCCUGAUCACUCGCCCGUCGCUUCUCAACGACAACCGCGACACGAUGGACGGAACGACGUCGAACAAGUACUGGAUCGACGUUCAGCUGCGCUGGGGUGACUUUGACUCGCACGACAUUGAGCGUUACACUCGUGCCAAGUACCUCGACUACUCGAGCGACUCGCAGUCGAUCUACCCGUCGCCCACCGGUUCGCUCAUUGCCAUUGACCUGGCGUACAACAUUUACGCUGGUUACGGCUGUUGGUUCCCUGGAUUCAAGCGUCUGAUGCAGGAGGCAAUGGCAAAGAUCAUGAAGGCCAACCCGGCCCUCUACGUUCUUCGCGAGCGUAUCCGCAAGGGUCUGCAACUCUACUCGUCUGAGCCUACCGAGCCGUACCUCAACUCGUCCAACUACUCGGAGCUCUUCUCCAACCAGAUUAUCUGGUUCGUCGACGACACCAACGUCUACCGUGUCACCAUUCACAAGACGUUCGAGGGUAACCUUACGACCAAGCCCAUCAACGGUGCCAUCUUCAUCUUCAACCCGCGUACUGGUCAGCUCUUCCUGAAGAUCAUUCACACGUCGGUCUGGGCGGGACAGAAGCGUCUCGGUCAGCUCGCCAAGUGGAAGACCGCCGAGGAGGUCGCCGCUCUUAUCCGUUCGCUCCCCGUCGAGGAGCAGCCCAAGCAGGUUAUUGUCACCCGCAAGGGUAUGCUUGACCCCCUCGAGGUCCACCUGCUCGACUUCCCCAACAUUGUUAUCAAGGGAUCGGAGCUCCAGCUUCCCUUCCAGGCGACUCUCAAGAUGGAGAAGUUUGGUGACCUUAUCCUGCGUGCGACCCAGCCGCAGCUCGUCCUCUUCAACCUGUACGACGACUGGCUCAAGAGCAUCUCGAGCUACACUGCGUUCUCGCGUCUCAUCCUUAUUCUUCGUGCCCUCCACGUCAACAACGAGAAGGCCAAGAUUAUCCUCCGCCCGGACCGCAACACGGUCACCGAGUCGUACCACGUGUGGCCCACUCUGAGCGAUGAGGACUGGAUGAAGGUCGAAGUGGCUCUCAAGGACGUCAUUCUUAGCGACUUUGGCAAGCGCAACAACGUCAACGUCGCGUCGCUUACCGCCUCGGAGAUCCGUGACGUUAUCCUCGGUAUGGAGAUCCAGGCCCCUUCGGCCCAGCGCCAGCAGAUGGCCGACAUUGAAAAGUCGACCGAGGCCUCCGCCCAGGUCACUGCUGUCAAGACGCAGACCACCAACAUCCACGGCGACGUCAUUCAGACUGUCACCUCCACCCAGUACGAGGUCCAGACCUUUGCGUCCAAGUCGGACUGGCGUGUCCGUGCCAUCUCGGCCACCAACCUGCCCCUGCGUACCAACCACCUGUUCGUCGGCAACGACGAUGUCAAGGACGACGCCGGCUCGUACACCUUUGUCAUGCCCAAGAACAUUCUGCGCACGUUCAUCGUCAGUGGUGACCUGCGUACCCAGGUGGUCGGCUACCUCUUUGGCUCUUCGCCUGCCGACAACUCGCAGGUCAAGGAGAUCAAGGCUAUUGCGUGGAUCCCCCAGCGUGGUACCGCCACCUCGGUCGAGCUGCCGCUUGCCCUGCCCAAGCACGAGUUCCUCCUCAAGGGUCUCGAGCCUCUCGGCUGGAUCAAGACGCAGUCGCAGGAGCUCAACCACCUGGCCCCUGCCGACCUCACCACCCAGGCCAAGAUUAUGGCUGCCAACCCCGAGUGGGGACCCAACUCGAUCUGUAUCACCUGCGCGUUCACGCCUGGUUCGGUCUCGCUCAACGCCUGGGAGAUUACCGUCGCCGGCUUCGAGUGGGGUCGCAAGAACGAGGACGUCACGGGUGCCAACGCUGGCUUUAACGCGUCGAUGGCCAACCGUGUCCAGCUCCUGCUUUCGGACCGUAUCCUCGGUUCGACGCUCGUCCCCGAGGGCGGCGCUUGGAACUAUGGUGUCGGCCUGACGCAGUCGUGGACCGACAAGAUCGCCUACAACAUGACGCUCGACCGCCCCGAAAACUUCUGGGCCGCCAUCCAUCGUCCCUCGGCGUUCCUCAACUUUGCGACCAUGGAGGGAAGCGAGAGUGCCGACGUCGAGAACGUCCUCGAGUAG